GCAGUGACUGGCUGCAUUGUAGAACGUUCAUGUCUUGCGUUUGAUGGUUUUUUAUUUAGAAAAUGUAUUAUAUUGUAUCUCUAUAUAUUCAUCUAUUCUAGCUCCUGCAAACAUUAUUUUCUGUAUGCGCUUUAACGUUACUUCCUGUGUGCUCUAAGCCCCCGGAUAUCCCCUAUCGAUCGCAUUGAGAACUUAAUCUACUUGUUGUAACUGGGGGGGUGCAAACUUAUUGAUAGGUAACGAUUAUCACGAUGUAUAAAGACAUGUGAAACAGUUCUCCGAGAUUUCCUAACAUUGUUUCGAACAUGCCUGUUGUCAGAGAAGCUGCGGUCGUGGGUCUUGCUCUUGCAGUAACCGGAGGAGUUGCGUAUGUCAUCUGGACUUAUGCGUCUUCGGGGGAAAAGCCAAAGCAAGAACCAGAGAAAAUAGGAAAGCAGACUAGGAAAAAAACUGCACAAAAAGCACCAGAAGCCGCACAGCAAACACCAACAAUCGUAACAGAGACAAAGGCCACGGGAAAGCAAGUCCUGGUGCUUGGCCUCGAAGGGGCAGGGAAGACCAGCUUGCUUCACUGCUUUGCCUCGGGGAGUCUGGAGCAGGAUGUGACCCCAACACAGGGGUUCAAUGCCGUCUCCAUCAAUAGAGAGGACCUGCAGAUUGAGUUCCUAGAAAUUGGUGGCACAGAGAAUCUGCAGCCCUAUUGGAAGAGGUACAUGUGCAAGGCUAUGGUGCUCGUAUUUGUGGUGGACUCUUCCAACGCCGCCCAGUUCCCUUUGGCUAAGAAGCAUCUCCACGAGCUGCUCGAAACCGACCUCUACCUUCCCUUAGUGGUACUAGCCAACAAGCAGGAUAACCAGGGGGCCUGCAGUAUCACAACACUCCAUGAAGCCCUGUCCCUGGAGGAGGUGGGGGACCAGCGCAAGCUCUUCCUCAUCGGCACCCAUGUAAGGAAGUGGGACACCGGGGUGAAUUCUGCUGUGCAGGACGCACGGGACCUGAUCAUUCAAAUGGUGCAGGAUGGUAGAUAGACUCACCAUCUAGUCAUCAGCUAUGAAUGUCCCACUGGCUGAGAGGUGAUAGGUUAGUUUAGUUUCACCCCCUCCUGGCUUGCCUUCAUUUGUUUUGAUAGCACUAGCUACAAUCUCUACUGACAGACUGCAUGAUAGUGAAAGGCCUCAUUCACAUCCAAAGAAGCCAUAAGCUGACAAGGUUCUUUUGGUCAAACUCAUUCACUGGCAAUUGCAUUAGCACAAAUGAACAAUAGCACAGAGUUUUAUCAUUUACUUGCCUCUGUAGUUUUUCACUCUCAGACACAAUAAUUCAAGGAUGGUCUCAACAUCCUUACCUAUAGGGAUUGAAUUGAUAAUGCUUUGUUGUUAUCAAAUAUUAUUCUCGUAGAGUUAUGUACAACUUGCAGAGCAUAAUGCAGGUUCAUUUUAGACAAAUGUCUGUUAGGUAGUAUGUUGAAGACCUUUUUGUUGUACAUGGGAUUAUUUUUGUUUAUAUUGCAUAGGAACGUGAUGUAUUGACUAUAUCGUCUUAAAGGGACCUUGCUUCAUAGUUAUAUUUUCUUAAAACCGAUGUGAUAUUUAAUUAAACAAAGCAAACUGAAUAA